UAUGCAGCUAGGAUCCAAAUAUUCUAUAUUUUAUUUUUAAAUAGGCAUCUAUCCAAUUUUUACUUACUGAAGCCUUACACUUUGUGUCCUGUGUUACUUGAGUUUAAAUGCACCACAGAAUGUGUUUACCUUUUCCUUUUGGAAAAAUAUUCCGGAAACGAAACCGUGAGUAAUCGGAAGUGAUUAGUAGUGAGCGAGAAGCUUGGUGUCAGGAAGGCCUGGGUGGGUCGGCUUCGGAAUGGAAGAGCGUGCGGGGAAGUUAACCCAGUGACACCGACCGAAGAAGCUGUGAAGUGAAGCCCGUCCUGAAAUAGGGAGAGUAAGAAUCUUAGAGGUUUUUCAGUAGAAGUCUUGAGGUGUGUUUUCAUUGGUUAAAAGAUGACUACUCUUGAAAGUUUAGAAACCAAAGUCACCCUUACUUCAACCCCAAUCCGAGGAGCAGGAGAUGGAAUGGAAACUGAGGAGCCACCUAAAUCUGUUGAAGUUACUGCUGGGGUGCAACCCAGAAAGCAUCACAUCCUUCCGAGUCCCCGAAAGAAAGCAGUUACAUCAGAGAGCCCAGGAGUUCUUCAACUAGGGAAGAUUCUCCCUGAAAAAGCAGUGGAAGUCGAAGCUGUAAGAAUAUUAGUUCCCAAGGCUGCUGUAACUCAUGAUAUCCCCAAGAAAAAUGCAAAGGUUAAGUCUCUGGGACAUCAUAAAGGAGAAUUCCUUGGUCAGCCAGAGGGAGUUGUCGAACCUCGGAAGCAACUAUCGGAGGUAAAGAAUAUUUUGGAAAAGCUCAAGAACUCUGAAAGGAGGUUACUACAGGACAAAGAAGGUCUUUCAAACCAGCUCCGAGUACAGACAGAGGUCAAUCGUGAGUUAAAAAAGUUGCUGGUGGCUUCUGUUGGGGAUGAUCUUCAGUAUCACUUUGAACGUCUAGCCCGUGAGAAAAAUCAGCUUAUUUUAGAAAAUGAAGCCCUAGGUCGAAACACAGCUCAACUUUCCGAACAGUUAGAACGUAUGUCAAUACAGUGUGAUGUAUGGCGAAGUAAAUUCCUUGCAAGCAGGGUCAUGGCAGAUGAGUUAACAAACUCCAGAGCAGUUUUGCAGCGUCAAAACCGUGAUGCACAGAGUGCUAUACGAGAUCUCCUGAGUGAACGGGAACAGUUUCGUCAGGAAAUGAUAGCUACCCAGAAAUUAUUGGAGGAGCUCUUAGUCUCCUUGCAGUGGGGAAGAGAGCAAACUUACUACCCUAGUGCACAAGCACACACCACAGCAGAACUAGCAUUAACAAAUCACAAGUUGGCAAAAGCAGUAAAUUCUCAUCUUCUGGGAAAUGUUGGCACUAACGUUCAAAAAAAGAUUCCAUCAACAGUUGAAUUCUGCAGCACUCCAGCAGAAAAAAUGGCUGAAACAGUUCUACGCAUUUUGGACCCAGUUACCUGUACAGAAAGCUCACCUGAUAAUCCAUUUGCUGAGUCUUCACCAACCACCUUACUUGCUACAAAGAAGAAUAUUGGACGAUUUCAUCCAUAUACUAGAUAUGAAAAUAUAACUUUCAGUUGCUGCAAUCACUGCCAGGGAGAACUCAUUGUCCUUUAACAUUCAGUGUGCUGGAGGCAUGCUGCAGGCACUUGCGUAUGACCCAAGAGUCAUUAUCAUUUGGGAGCCGGGGUUCUUAUAAUGCUACAAGUAAUAUCACUUUCUUUUUAAAUAAUAUAUAUCCCCAAAGAUG